AUGGCCUCUUUCUUCAGGUUGACAUCCAGUCUGCGAGGCUUGACCAGACCCAAUGUCACCAACCGAGUAUCUGUACGGUCUCUCGCCUCUGCAACAGGGACCAAAAAAGCAGCAGUGGCAGCUCAGGUACAAUACGAAGAGCCAAACGAGCCAGGGCCUUUCUUCGAACAAGAGCCGGCUGGCCCACGAGUUGCAACUGCGAUACCAGGUCCGCGAAGCAAGGAUGCUAUCUCUGACCUCAAUAGAGUCUUCGACACUCGCAGCUUGAACAUGCUUACGAAUUACAAACAGAGUUAUGGAAACUACAUUGCAGAUCUAGAUGGUAACGUCCUGCUAGAUGUGUACGCUCAGAUCGCUUCCAUACCAAUUGGCUACAACAAUCCUGCACUUCAAGACGUUGCCCGUUCGGAUGAUAUGAUCUCAGCCAUUAUCAACAGACCAGCUCUCGGCAACUUUCCUCAAGCAGACUGGUCUGAUAUUCUCGAGACUGGUAUUCUGAAAGUUGCGCCACGUGGGUUAAACCAGGUGUUCACAGCCAUGGCAGGAUCGGAUGCGAACGAGACAGCCUACAAAGCAGCUUUCAUGUGGAAGCGUCAACAAGAAAGAGGUGGUCCAGAUGCUGAAUUUACUCAAGAUGAGAUGAAGUCUGCCAUGAACAAUCUCGCUCCUGGUGCACCAAACUAUUCCAUCAUGGCCUUCAAGACUGGCUUCCACGGUCGCCUGUUUGGCAGUCUGUCCACAACCCGCAGCAAGCCUAUUCACAAACUCGACAUUCCAGCUUUCGACUGGCCACAAUGUUCCUUCCCCAUGCUCAAGUACCCUCUUCACGAACAUCAGGCCGAGAACGCAGCCGAGGAGAAGAGGUGCCUCGAGGAAGCGGAGCACAUCAUUAAGAAUUACCAUAAUCCAGUCGCUGCAAUUGUCAUCGAACCAAUCCAGUCCGAAGGCGGAGACAAUCAUGCGACACCAGCCUUUUUCCAAGGUCUACGCGAAAUCACACAGCGCAAUAACGUCCUCAUGAUCGUCGACGAAGUGCAGACUGGCGUGGGCGCUACUGGUAAAUUUUGGGCUCACGACCACUGGAAUUUGUCCACUCCACCUGACAUGGUCACGUUCUCAAAGAAGGCACAGACAGCAGGUUACUAUUUCGGAAAUGCCGCUUUAAGACCAAACAAGCCGUAUCGACAAUUCAACACUUGGAUGGGUGAUCCAGCUCGAGCAAUCCUCUUCAGAGCUAUCAUAAACGAGAUUGAACGACUGAAUUUGGUCGAGAACACCGCCGUCACUGGCGAUUACCUCUUCGGUGGUCUUGAGCAGCUUCAGCAGCAGUAUCCUGAGCAGUUCAAAAACCUGAGAGGUAAGAAACAGGGUACAUUCAUUGCUUGGGAUCAUCCACAGAGAGACCAGUUCCUACUCAGGGGCAAGAGUAUGGGCAUUAACAUUGGUGGAAGCGGUGCUAGUGCUGUCAGAUUGAGACCGAUGUUGAUUUUCCAGAAACACCAUGCGGAUAUAUUGCUUGACAGACUGAGCAAGAUGGCUGCGGACAUGCAGUAG